UUUAGCUUUCUUGCGUAAACAAAGGAAGGCGAUAAUGUUUGGUCUUGUUGUUUUGUCAUUUGCAGUGGCUUUAUCGGGCGGAGUUGCUGCAGUCACAAAUAGCACGGAAGUUCAACUAAUCGGAAGCGAUUUUGUUCAGAUUGGUGCUGCCCCGUACAUGGCCUCAUUGAGGGGAUUGAAUAACGUACAUUUCUGUGGUGCCACAAUCGUUUCAUCGCGUUUCGUUUUAACAGCAGCUCAGUGCAUCAUCAAUCGUAUUGUUAUUCAUAUCCAGGUAGUAGUUGGAACAGUAGUUCGUACAGGUAACUGGGCGACACACCGCAGCAGUGCAAUAAUCGUCCAUCCAUUUUUCAAUUUUAUGACCUUAGAGAAUGACAUCGGUCUAGUUAUGACACAAACCGUUAUUGCAAUGAACGAAAAUGUUCAAACCGCUUACAUCAAUCACCGUUUAAAUGUGAACAAUAUGCCUGUGACAAUGGCUGGUUGGGGAAUCAGUAUUCAUGGCUCAUCCGAGCCAUCAAACCUACAGAGUAUAUCGACGGAAACGAUUAGCAACGUCAGGUGCAGCAGAUUGCAGGAUUCGCACAAUACCUGGCGUGUUUCCACCAACAAAAUUUGUACUUCUACAGAUGACAGGAAAGGCAUUUGUUACGGAGAUGAGGGUGGAGCAUUAAUGUCGGGUUAUGAAGUUAUCGGUGUCGCUUCUUGGCACUCACAUUGCGAUCCAAGUAUUCCGAAUGUGUAUGAACGUGUUGCACCUCAUCGCUUGUGGCUUCUAUCCAAAAUCACCGUACUGUAAAUUUACUUUGGUGGCACAAUAAAAGCGCAUUCUUUU